AUGAAGGUCACUUCGGCUAUUACGUUCUUCUCUCUUCUGGCCUCUGGCCAGGCCACCGGAUCGUACUGGGGCUCUGAGAAGUGCUAUUCCAGCCCGGGUAGAUCCCCCAACAAGUGCAAUGACCAUCAGCAAAAGGGUUUCAGCUGGUCUGAUCUCUCUCCUGGGUCCUUUUCCAACUACGGUGGCUUCUCCUUCUCUGGUUUUACUUGCGGCAAUGGCUUCGGCUCCAGCCUUGGCAAGCGUGGCACCCAGAAAUGUAUCUCCGGUACUGUCUCCAGAGGUAGCUCGUCUGGCUCCAGCCAUGGCUCCGGUUCCUCUGCUCCCUCCUUCGCCUGUGGCGCGGACGAGAGUGGCUUCUCUGUGACCGACUUCCACAUUGCUACUGACAAGGAUACCGAAUUGCACGUUAUCUACAGCAUGCCUGAUGGAUCCACUUGCAAGAACACCGCCUCCUGCAACUCUGGCGGCACAAAGAUCCACAACGAUCAGUGUGGUGGUGCUACAUCCGUUCACUUCGAGCUGCCCGAUGAUAGCGAGCAUGAGAGCUGCGGGCUCGGCAUCUACAGCGUUGGCUUUGACUGCACUCCUGGUUCGACAGCCACUGCGCCUGUCCCUGGUACCACUGUUGCUGCUACGUCAGUCCCCCAGGCAUCCGAGACUGGUAGCUCCAGCUCUGUUGUUGUUGUCUUCCCUUCUGGGUCUGUUCCCGGAUCCUCUGUCGCCCCGGUCAAGACUCCGGCAGUGAGCACGCCCGUUCGCAUGACCACUUCGACUGUCUACACAACUAGCGAGAUCACUAUCACCAGCUGCGCUCCUAGUGUUACUAAUUGCCCAGCUGGCUCGGGCUCAACCAUUGUUGUGACUUCGACUAUCGCGGUCUCCACUACAGUCUGCCCUGUCACCGAGACUGCUCCGGCAGCAACGGGCUCGCCGUCUCUGCCUCCCGUGCCUACCCCGACCGGCGUUCUCCCUGUCGGCUCAUCAGCAGCGCCUCCUCCCAGUGGCACCGGUGUCCCAUCGUCUUCAGUCGAGCCACCCUCCGAGGGCGAGGCUCCUACAGAGACUCCCAGCCCUUCGUCUCCAGUUGUCACCAGCCCGGUUCGCUUGACCACUUCAACUGUGUACGCCACCAGCGAGGUUACAAUCACCCGCUGCGCUGCUAGUGUUACUGAUUGCCCUGCCGGCUCGGGCUCAACCACUGUUGUCACGUCGACCAUCGCUGUCUCGACUACUGUGUGCCCUGUUACGGAGACCGCGCCUGCUGCCACUGCCACUGCCACUGUCUCGCCCUCUCUACCAGCAGUCCCAACUCAAACCGGCGUCUUGCCUCACCCCCUGGUUCCUGGCGUGACUUCCGGUGUCUCGACCUCUGCAGUCUCGUCUCCUGUUGUCACUCCGCCCGCACCUGGAGAUCUUACCACCACCAUCGUCACUUGGGAGACUGUGACUACGUGCCCGGUCACCAACACAGUUACGUCUGGCUCUUCCACGUUCGUUACUACCUCACAGACUGUUUCCACCGUUACUUUGACAUCUACGUCCACAAUCUGCAACAAGUGCACAGCCACCUCAACUGCCGUCCCCAGUGUCUCUGAAACCCCCUCAGGAUCAAGCCCAGUUGAGGCCACCAGCCCCGUCCCUACAGGACCAGGCGUCACCGGCCCCACUGAAUCAAGCCCUGGCCCCCAGCCUACAUCCACUGUUCCGGAGGGUGUCACGACCACAAUCGUUACCUACGUGACCGAGACCACCUGCCCAGUGACCAACACCGUCACCUCCGGCUCAUCCACCUACGUGACGACCUCCAACACGAUUUCCACAAUCACCGUCACCUCAGUCUCGACGCUCCCCUGCACCAAAUGCACAGCAACGGCAACGGCAAGCCCCUCAUCUCCAAACACCACCCCAGCCGGACCCAGCGACGUCUCCCCAGUUCCCAGCCCAUCCCCCUCAUCCCCAUGCCCAAACACCGUCCCCCAAUGCAUCAACACCUGGCUGGAGCUAGCCCCGAAAUGCAACUCCAACAGCGACGCCUCCUGCUUCUGCCCCAACAGCGAGUUCACCAGCAAAGUAAUCUCCUGCAUCCAAGCCUGGGGCGCCUCAAAAGCCGAAAUCCAAUCCGCCCUCUCCUACUUCACCGGCAUCUGCGCAACCUGGAUUCCCCAAAACCCAGGCAUCGUCACCCAAAUCCCCACUACCAUCACCCUGGUCCCAACAGUCGCUCCCACACCCUCCGGCGUCGACGCUGUCACCGGUAGCCUCCCCGUCACCUCCGCACCGGAACUCCCCUGCACUACUAUCACGUACUCUACCUACACUGUGACCGUCCCGCAGGUCAGCUUCGUGACGAGCACGGGCUCCGAGGCUGGCGCGGCCCCGACUGUCGGUCUCGUGCCUGCCGGUCCCAGUGGCACUUCCCCGGCUAAUACUGGUAAUGUGCCUGCUCCGGCUUCGGCGACUUUCGUCACGGCUUCGAGUGGUUACCCGUCUGCCACUGUCGGUGUUUCGCCUAGUUCUUCGCCGAUCUUUAAUGCGGCUUCGAGUGUGUCGGUUGCGUCUAGCUUGAUGUUUGCUUCUGUUGCUGCUUUGUUUGGCUUGAUCAUGUAG